UUAACCACCGGCGAACCACCCUAACCCCAGGCCCCAACCUUCGUAGUUCCUUCUCUAGUACUCUGUAAUCUGUAUCCACCUCAAAUUUCAUUCCCAUCAUUUAAACCUCCCGGAAGAAAAACAAAAAAGUACUCUACUUGCCGACUAAAUGCUGUUCAAAGCCCAGACUUUCAUAUCUCUCCUAAAAUCACACUGCCUCUCCAUUGAAACCACCGUCUUCAACCACCAACAAUGGCGGAGCAUCACCAAAGUCCGCCUAAAAUGGGUGAAGAACAGAACAAUCGACCACAUCAUCGACAAAGAAACCGAUCUCAAAGCCGCCAUGCUUCUCAAAGACGCCAUCAAACGCUCUCCAACUUCCUUCAUCACCGCCCGAACAAUUGCUGAUUGGCAGAAGCUUCUAGGUCUCACUGUACCUGUUCUUCGAUUUCUUCGAAGGUAUCCGACUCUUUUUCACGAAUUCCCGCACUCUCGUUACCCUAGUUUGCCUUGCUUUAAACUUACUGAUAUAGCUGUAACAUUAGAUCAACAAGAGCAAUUAGUUUAUGAAAAUGAUGAAUUGGGUAUUGUUGAGAGGCUUUGUAAAUUGCUUAUGAUGAUGAAAUCUAAGGCAGCGCCGUUGCAAUCGAUUUAUUCUUUGAAAUGGGAUUUGGGUUUGCCUGAUAAUUUCGAGAAUUCAAUCAGUUGGAAGUAUCCGGGAAAUUUUAGGGUUUUAAAAGGGGAUAAUGGGUUGCCUGUUUUGAGCCUUGAGCAAUGGAGGGAAGAAUUUGCUGUUUCUGCACUGCAAAAGAGUGGUGAGAACAAUAGUGGAUUAGGGAAUGAUUACAGGGAAUUUAAGAAGGGACAAACUGGUUUGGCAUUCGCUAUGAGUUUUCCAAAGGGGUAUGGGUAUCAAAGGAAGGUUAAGGCUUGGAUGGAUGAGUUUCAGAAGUUGCCUUACAUUUCACCUUAUGAGGAUUCAACGAGGCUCGAUCCUAAGAGUGAGCUUAUGGAGAAACGGAUUGUUGGGUUAUUGCACGAGUUUUUAAGCUUGACAAUACAUAAGAAGACCAAAAGGAACUAUUUGAGAAGCUUGCGAGAGGAAUUGAAUCUUCCACAUAGGUUUACUCGGAUAUUUACUAGGUAUCCGGGGAUAUUCUACCUGUCUUUGAAGUGUAAGACAACAACUGUUACUCUAAAAGAAGGAUAUCGAAAGGGUAAAUUGCUUAAUCCUCAUCCACUGAUCCGUAUCAGAGACAAAUUCUACCAUGUGAUGAGAACGGGACUUCUUCAUCGUGGAAAAGGUGUCAACUUUUUAUCCCCACAAGACUGUAUGCUCGUUAAUGCUAAAGAUGGAAAUGGAGAAUGUGACAACGAUGUAGAGGGGAAAGAGCAUGAGAUGGAUGAGGAAUGUUGGGAGGAGGAAACCUCAGGUUUAGAUGAAGAGUCUGAUGAGUAAUAGUUAUAGUUAUGCUAAUGGAGGCGUCUGUUUUUGCUACUUUAGUUAUUACACAUGGGCUGAUCAAAUUCUGAAGAAAUUUGAAGUUUUAUGUCAGCUUACCUGUUUCAUCUAUCUGGAGAUGAAAGAAAUCUUCAGUUGUUCAGAUUCAGCUUGUUUGUGUGCUUGCUUGGUCACACUGUACAAGGGAGAUUCAUCCUGUAAGCAACAGCCAAAUGCUGAACCCUUUUUCUGGUCAAUAUAGGUACCCAAAAAGAGAUUUUGGGAAUUAAGUGAGCAGAGAAGCACUGAACUGUCUGCACUUGUUUAUUGAGCAGCAGUGCGUAUCUGAUUAAGGAUUAACCGGAAUCAGCUAUUGUGUUGCUGCGUGCAUAUCUGAUCCCCCUAGCUUAAGGUUGAAGCUUGUUCAGAGACAUUGGGUAAUGUUCUCAGCUCUUUAAACUAGCAAUAUCUGUCAUCCAAUACGGCUUUUAUAAUUCGUAAUUUCUUUCUAAUCAUCAAUAUUCUAGUUUUUGGGGUUUAUGAAUGGGUUGUUCACUGCCGUUUCCCAACUAGUUUGUUUUCUUUUCCCUGGCAUACUGAUGCAAGAAUCCAACUGCAAUCAGAAGGUUGAUGUGUGAGCAUGAAAGAGAUGAGCUUAGGAUAUUAUCUACAGAUUAAUACUAAGUAAACAGUAGUAUCUUUGUACGCAACUUAUAUACUUGAUCUUCUUCUUAACUUGCUGAACCAAUGAAGAAGCUUCAUAAACUUGUCCAAAUAUGUUCUUUGUGGAAAAA